AUACGGUGUCGUUUUACCUAAACGUAUAGAGGUGUUGACGGCACUUUCGCUCCUGCUUUUGUUGAUAGUAGAAGUAGCCAUGUCGACGAAUCCCUCUCAACUCCUUCCAUCAGAGCUGAUUGAUCGGUGCAUAGGGUCGAAAAUAUGGGUGAUAAUGAAAGGGGACAAAGAGCUUGUUGGAACCCUAAGGGGAUUCGAUGUCUACGUGAAUAUGGUUCUGGAAGACGUGACUGAAUACGAAAUCACCUCUGAAGGUCGGAGAAUCACGAAAUUGGAUCAGAUCUUGCUGAACGGGAACAAUAUUGCCAUUCUGGUUCCUGGUGGGUCUCCUGAUCCAGAAUGAAGUGGGGCUAUUUGUGUGUUACUCAAACAACAUUCAACAUUCUACAUUCUACAUUGGCAUUUGACACAGGUGUGUUUUGUGAUAACUACAAACUAGAGUCGGGGUCGUAAGCUGGCCCAUUUUCCUGUUUCUGACUAAUGUUGUGUAGUUGAUUCAUGUUGAGUGGAGGAAGACUGAUGAAGAAAAUACACAAUGGCUGUAUGGUUUAGUCUAAAUAUCAUAACGAAUUAGACUUUUUAUAUUGAUCUCUCUCCUUCUCU